CUCCGCGGAGUUUUAGAAGAGGGAAUUUUGUUCGGAGGACGUUAGAUGGACUGGGGAGCACGUCCACAACCUGGAACUCGUAUUCGGAGUAGAGCGGCACCUUGUAUGACUCUCCGCUGCACAUGCCUAGAGGUUGUGGAACAUGGGAUCAAUAUGUUUCAAUCAGCUAUCUGUGGGAAUCCGUGGACCGCGGGGGUUUAUGCAAAUUUCCCGCAGGCGGUUGCCAUUCACAGAAGGAUGAGAUAUGAUUGCUCGGGUGCAUUUGGCUGCAACGUUGCACUUUCUGCUGGACAUGAGCUUGCAAUUCCUCCUGGACAGUGCGAGUCUACUCGUGCUUUGUCUUCUUCGAAUUACGCACUAGGAAAAGAUCGGAGGAUCUACGGAGGCCUUUGUUUCUUCCAUUAUUACUCUUUUAACUCCCUCCGCAGAGCUUUAAAAAGGGUUUCGCACAAACUCGAAGAACAGAUCACCGAACACAUCCAUCUUUCCCUCUUUUAGACGCCCCCCAACCAACAUCCAUCCUCUUCACCAGCCUUGACCGCGGCUGAACCACAAUAUAUCACCGCCCAGAUGCCCCUUUCAAUCAUCGAUGUUCCUUCAGACGUUCUUCUCGAGAUCGUCGGCUGGCUCGACCCUUAUGCCAUCGUUCGAUUAUGUUCG